AUGACGGAAUACAGAAGCACUCCUCGCUUCGAGCAUGCCCCCAUGGACAUCUCGCGCUACACUCGCCACAGUGCCUUGCAGCCACCACGCAUCAGAGCCCAGGCUCCCCAAGCAUCGCAAGAGCCCCAGGCCCAACCGCAAGAAACAACAGAGCAGUCGGCCCCGGCCAAGGCCAGCAGCCCUGCUCCAAGCUACGAAGGCGUCUACGAAGGGCUCUCUGACCUCGUCCCCGACGUCCUCGCCAUGGACAAGUUCCUCGGCUCAAACAGCACCACCACCACCACCACUCCUCAAGCGACCCCCAGCCCUGCUCCCUCCAACACGCAGCCCAUCAAGCAGCAGCCAGAGCAAGAAGCCUACAGCACGCUGGGCCAACCCGCCGAGGAAGAAAACCACACGACGCAACAGCCCCCCGAGGAAGAAGCACGCUCCGUGGACCAAUCCGACGAAGGAGGAUACUACAUGUUGUCCGCGGCAGCAGCCUCCCAACGACUGGCCAUCCAAGAGGACAAACCAGACACGAGCGAACUCAUCAUCAGAGACGCGCUCAAGUUUCACAACGACGACGUCUCCAAGGCCAACGCCAGAAUCUACCACGGCAGAGCAUGGGUUCCUCUCCGGCCCCUCCACAGCGAGACCUGCUACCACCUCAUCCACAGCUGCCUUGGCGGCUGCGAGAUUGAGGACUUUCCACGCAACGUCCACGAGCUGUGUCACUUGACCGAUGUCGAAUUGAAUGGCCUUUUGGGCCAUCUCCGCGCCAAUGUGUCCCUUGAUUCCGCGAGGAUCGUCAAGAUCCAGUGGAUUCUGAAGCGGUGGGUUAACCUUUAG